UUUUCCUUCUGAGAUUCAACUUGAGGACCACGUCACUGACAGUUUUGAGAGUCUAUGACCAGGCUGAGCCUGAGCGGAACCAGUCCGAAGUCUGCUCUUGAAGCCAAGAUGAUCCUGACGCUGCUGCUGGGCCUCGGGGGAGCCCUGAGCUGGGGACUGACAGGAGCCUGGGCCCAGGCCCCUGGAACCAGAUUCUCUGAUCCACAUGACCCCAGAUCCUCUGGAGUCUCAGGGGCAGAAGCUGAGGACCCCAGCAGGGUCCCCCUUGGACGGAACUGGUGUGCAUACCAGAAGUCCAGGCUGGUCACCUUCAUAGCCGUUUGUAAAACAGAGAAAUUCGUCAUCCAUUCCCAGCAGCCCUGUCCCCAGCAGGCUCUGGGCUGCCAGAAGGCCAAAGUCAUGUACCGAGUGGCCCACAAGCCUGUGUACCAAGUCAAGCAGAAGGUACUGACCUCCACGGCCUGGAGGUGCUGUCCUGGCUUCCAAGGUCCCAACUGCCAGCAUCAUGAUCCCACAAUGACUCCUGUGCCUGCAGAGCCAAGUGAUGUCCUCUAUGAGCCGUGGGACCAGCUGGUUGACUUUGAACUUGGUCACCCUGCUUUGGAGCUCAGUGGGGUCGAGGAGCAGCAGAAACAACAAGAGCGCCUGCUGGGAGACCUUCAGAAUGACAUCCACCAGGCUGCAGAUGGCCUCCCAGGCCUGUGGAAUGCCCUGGCCAGUAACCUCACUGCUGCUGCCACAGAGACCAAUCAAACGGAGUUUGAGUUUCCUGGCAGGUCUUUGGAGCACGUGUUGCCCCUGCACAUGGACAACUUCUUAGAAACACACCUCAGCCCCAUCUGGAGGAGCUUCAACGAGAGCCUGCAUAGCCUUUCCCAGGCUGUAAGAAAUCUGUCCCUUGACGUGGAAGCCAAUCGGCAGGCCAUCAAGAGGGUCCAGGAGGACAUGGUGGCCAGGGCCGACAUCCAGGAGCUUGGAGCCAAGUUUGAGACGAAGGUAGAGGAGAACAGCUACAGAAUGGGCCAGCUUGAGCAGGAUGUGGCUGAGCGUCUACACACCCAGCGCCAGUCCCUGCACCAUGCCCUGGCUGAGGUCCAGGCUGAAGUGGACACCAAGUUAAAGCGGCUGAGCAAAGCUCAGGAGAUCCCUGGGACAAAUGUCAGCCUGGUGAUGGCAACGCCAAGAUCUGAGCCCGACAGCCUGCAGGCCAGGCUGAGUCAGCUACAGAGGAAUCUGUCGGCCCUGCAUGUGGCCACCAGCCAUAGAGAAGAAGAGUUGCAGGGCACCCUUGAGGACAUGAGGGCCACCCUAGCCCAGCAUGUGGAUGAGAUCAAGGAGCUGUACUCAGAAUCUGAUGAGACGUUUGAUCAGAUCAGCAAGGUGGAGCGGCAGGUGCAGGAGCUGCAGGUGAAUCACACCGGCCUGCGAGAACUCCGGGUGAUCCUGAUGGAGAAGUCUCUUAUCAUGGAGGAGAACAAGGAGGAGAUGGAACGGCAGCUCCUGGAGCUCAACCUCACCCUCCAGCACCUGCAAGGUGGCCAUGCCGACCUCAUCAAGUACGUCAAGGACUGUAACUGCCAGAAGCUCUACUAUGACCUGGAUGCCAUCCGGGAGGGGCAGAAGGACGCCACACGUGCUUUGGAGGAGACUCAAGUGAGCCUGGAUGAGCGACGUCAACUAGACGGCUCCUCCCUGCAGGCCCUGAGGAGCACCGUGGACACCUUGUCAUUGGCAAUGGAUUUGCACCAGGAAGAGGGCCAGUGGGCCCGGGCAGAGAGAGCCAGGAUCCGGAGCCAGCUGCAGGCACUGGAGCGUUCGGUGGGAGAGCUGAAGGCAUUUGCAAAUGACACUCAUCGGGAGAUGCGACAGCUGCACAGCUCCUUUGCCGCCCUGCUGGAGGAUGCGCUGCGGCACGAGGCUGUGCUGGCUGCGCUUUUUGGGGAGGAGACAAUGGAGAAGAUGUCUGAGGAGGCGCCUGGUUUGCUGCCCCUACGUUAUGAGGAGAUCCGCAAUGCCCUGCAGGACGCUGCCAGUGGGCUGCAGGAGCAAGCGCUUGGCUGGGAUGAGCUGGCUGCCCGGGUGACUACCCUGGAGCAGACUCUGGAUGGUCGAGUAGAGCUACCAAGGCUGGCAGAGCAUCUGGAGCCCAGCCAUGAUGCAGGGCCAGAGGAGGCCAGAGCCACUGUCCUGGAAGGGCUGGAGCAGGAGGUCCAGCGCCUGCGCUUUGACGUCAAGCACCUUGGGCAGUGCUGCGAGUCUUGGGCUUCCUCCAACAAUGGCUCCCUGGAGGCGCUUCGCAGUGCACUCUCUGCCACCCAGCAAGGCCUGGAGCAGCACCAGCACUUCUUCCACAGCCUCUUUGGGAAUGUCCAAGCACUGGUGGCAGCCAAUGUCAGUCUAGACCUGGGGAAACUGCAGGCCAUGAUGAGCAGGAAAGGAAAGAAGCAGAAGAAAGGCCUGGAAGCUUCCAGGAAAAGGGACAAAAAACAAGUGGAAUCUUUGACAGAUGCCCAUGCCAAACGGUUAGAGCAAGGUGCCCUGAAUGCAGAGCUCUGGGAGGCAGGCUCCCCUGUGGCUUUCUACGCCAGCUUUUCAGAAGGGAUAACUGCCCCCCAGAGGGUGAAGUUCAACAUCCCAGCCAUCAACACUGGUGGCAGCUACUUCCCUGAACAUGGCCACUUCCAAGCCCCAAAGCGUGGUGUCUACCUUUUUGCAGUGAGCAUUGAAUUCGGCCCUGGCCCAGGCAUGGGGCAACUGGUGUUUGGGGGCCAUCAUCGAACCCCAGUCUACAGCACAGAGCUGAGCGGGGGGAGCACUGUUACAACCUUUUCUAUGGCAGAGUUGCAAAAGGGUGAGAGGGUGUGGUUUGAAUUGACCCAUGGCUCAGUAACCAAGAAAAGCGCCCCCAGCACUGCUUUUGGGGGCUUCCUGAUGUUCCAGACCUGAACUUUGGCCCCAACUCUCAUCAGAUGAUGUGGGCUUGCCUGCUGUCUUUUAGACUGGGGCUCUGCUCAGUGAUGGUUUGGAGAGCCCCCAGUCCCAGCUCGUCCCCUGGCUGGAGGCAUCACCCCAUCAGGACUGGAAUAUGGUUCUCUGGGCUGGGUUUGGCCUCCGAAAUGAGUGAACUCAGUUGGCCUCCACAUGCCUUCCUCUCCCCUAUGACUUAGCCUCUGCCACACUUUAAUUCUACAAAUUUUUGGCAUUUUGCUCCUCCUGUGGUUGGAAACAUCUGUAGAGUAUUUGAACUGUUCUUUGGCUUCCUCUUCCUCCUAAUUGUAGG